UUUGCAUAAAAAGGUGAAUCUUUGUGGCGUCCUAGCCGGCGACCGGGAAUCGGGAUUGGCCUCGGGAAACCGACGUUCGAUGGCCCCGUGCCUCCUCUUUUUAGUGGCGUUAAAUUGACAAUAAUCGUGCGUGGCUGCCCGCCUCCAGACGCCGGACAAACGACGGCCCGCAGUGCGCCGAGCGAGACCGUGGUGCGGAUCGCCAUUUUGAAGUGUCGAUGUCGAACGCCGUCGAAGCGCAUAUUUGAGGGGAGAAAAUUUUAGCGGAAAAACGAACUUACCGGCCACGGCGCUGCCUAGGGUGGUUGGCGUGGGACGCUGGGGUGCUUAGUGCAGUGCACGGACAAUAAAAGCGUACUUUUUCCACGGUCCGCCAGGCUUCGCACAGGAGGGACCCCUUGGGUCACAGAAUGGCGCACCACACCAAACCGGUUAACUUCGUCAUCCAGGAUACGACGAAACAAGGCCAGCAACAUAUUUUCCAUGUACUGAACACGGCCACCGGCACCCGGACUACGCUGCCUGCCACCAGUGUUACGGCGGUAAAGACGAUCGUCACGAAGGACUUGAGCGGCACCACUACCGGCACCGCCGUUCACGGCCAGGACACGAUGAACCUGAUGGGUGGAACAGUGGUCGCUGGCGGUGGGCUCGCAGCCGUCUCGGCGACAACCAGCACCAACGUCCCUACCGCUUCCGCCGUUAUCGGUGGCCAGAGCUUUACGAUGCCGAUGAUGCGAAAGCUGCCCCCGGGAGUCGCCAAGAAGUUGAUCACCGUUCCCAAGCAUAAAUUGAUUCUUCCUCAAUCGUCAACUCAGAAGACCGUCAAUGGUAAAACAGUGGUCCAUGUUUCGCCCAAACUGUAUAAGGUAAUUUCGGCGUCCUCCCCGCAGUCCGCAAGCCGCAACCUGACGUUUGCUGCCCCCGCAAACUUAACAAACCUGCAGGGUGUCGCCUCGACCAGUUCCUCGUCAACGGUUGGCAACAACGGAACCACGAUCGCUAUCCCAUCCACCUCGGCGGCGAUGUCACAAUCGUCCUUCGGGACUUCCUACAGUACCGGAGCACCGAUGAUGACAUCGGUCGGUGUCGGUAAUCGAGUGAUCAUCGGCGGCAGUUCCAUUGUUGGUGGUGACGCUGGGGACGAAACUGAUGACAUUGCCAAGGCAUCACCACCGGUCAAAGUAGUGGGACCGAAGAAAUCCGCCGUGUACCAGAAGACGGUUAGUGACCAACCUCUACCGCCUCAUCAGGUGCAGCAACAUUCGUACAGCAAAAAGGCUUUCCCGCGUCAAACGAUACAUAAUACGCCUUCACGACGCCGAAAGACGGACAAAGCCGGGCGGGGCCUGCGCCACUUCUCGAUGAAAGUUUGCGAGAAAGUGCAGGCCAAGGGCACGACCACGUACAACGAGGUAGCGAACGAGCUGGUGGCAGAGGAGACGCAAAACAACAAUAGUCCGGUUGCCGAUCCGGCCACGUACGAUCAGAAGAACAUUCGGCGACGCGUGUACGAUGCGCUCAACGUGCUGAUGGCCAUGAAGAUCAUUUCUAAGGAGAAAAAGGAAAUCCGCUGGCACGGAUUACCGACCAGCACCAGCAUCACGGAGUACGACGAUCUGGAGAAGGAAAACGAGAAGGCCCGGCGGCGCAUCGAAGAGAAGCAGCAGCAGUUCCGCGAUCUGGUGCAGCAGCACGUCGCCCUCAAGUCGCUGAUCGCUCGAAACCAGGCGAACGAGGAGCGGGGCUUGGUACCGAACCACAGCGCGGCCGUUCAGUUGCCAUUUAUCGUCGUAAACACCGACCGCAAGACCAACAUCAAUUGUAACAUGACUAACGAUAAAUCCGAGUAUUCGUUUAAAUUCGAAGACACCUUCGAGAUCCACGAUGAUCUGGAAAUUUUGAAACGCAUGGGUCUGUCGCUAGGUUUGGAAAGCGGACAGUGCUCGGAGGCGGAUUUGAAAGAAAUCAAAUCCAUGGUUCCGCAAUCGGUCGCGAAGUACAUUGAAAAAUAUGGACUCGGGCUGGAUGAGGAGGACGGUGAGAACUGGGAGAUGAGCUCGAUCUACAACGGGCAGGACAACGAUGACAGUUUAUCUACCCAGGACAUGCUGGGAUACCACGACAACACAAACGACAUGCUGGACGAUGACAUGAAAUUCGAGGAUGACGAAGAUGAUUAAUUCUAUCCCUUUGGUGGUCAGAGAGAACCGAAAGCAGGAGCAUUUCGCAUUGGAAGGUUGUUAGAGGAACUGUAAUUUUUGGAACCGAACCUACCACAAACAAAAUCAGAAGGCAAACAAACAAAGAAGUAAACUUCUGAUUAAAAAAUCAGGGAAAUGAAAUAUGCUAACACAUGAUGCUCUUUCCGAAGCGCGAAAAUCUGCACCACGUGGGGCCAUGCAGCUUUUGGCAGGGUGGAUGAGCGUUCGUUGCGGUAGAUGUAAGCUUAUGUUAUAAGUAGAAAGUAAACUUAAGAUCGGAGUUUCAGUUGAGCUCCUCUUACGCAUGUAGUGUAAUGCCGUAGCAUGAUGGGUGCGCGCACGAUGAACACAAAAGAAUUCAUGCUCGCCACUAAACCAAGCUCAUUUGAUACACACCAUUUGAUCAGGAAUGCUUACACACAAGUAAUUGCAUAAUAGACAGUGUAAAUAGUAAGUGUAAAUGAUCACCAAAAGCCAGUCGCAGCUGGAUUAUUUACUGAUUACUCUUGGAGGCGUAACACAGGUUUGCUUCUUACGAGCAAGCUGCAGAUAGUGCGGGCAGCUGGGCGGGCAACCUGGAAAACUGACGGAGGUUUGUACAAACGCAACACUUAUGACGUUCAAUUUGAAACAGGUAGCAAGAAGUUGUUGAGGUCCAUAUUUGGGUUUUCGUAGUUGCUGCAAUAACCCAAGUUCAAUUUGGAGAUUGUGAACACGCAGAGGUUGUACAUAUUUUUCAUCCUUCUUGGUAGGACUUUAGCGAGGCGCGUCAAUCCUAGUGGAUAUCAUUUUUCCGGUAACAAGUAACUGCGGUUGCAACUAGAAACUGAGGGGCAUGCGAAGGCAAUUGGAACCGAGCGUGCCGCCAAACUCCGGCGAAGGUCGCAAAGCACAUUGCAUGAGUGAAUGUAGCGUCGUACACAAACUGCAUAUUGCAUACUUAAAUUCCAUGUCCAACCUCUCAUUGCACUUGUUGAACGUGAAUAUAUUGAUUAAUAAUAGCCAAUGAGCUUUGUUGAAUUGAUUUUCCUAAGUCAAGCCAGUCUCUCCUUCCGUUGCUGCUCGUCCGUGUGCUUAAUAACUGGAAAGCGAUUCAAUUUUGUACCCGGAAAGUGUCUAAUAGCAGGUCAAGGUUAAACUGUAUGUGUGCUCCUGACAUGCAAUAUAAGCCGCGCCACAUGAUUGGCAGAAAGUGUCCCAGGUGGGGCAGAUAAAACUUCCGAAAGGAAAUGAAUAUCGAUAAUAUGUUCUGAUGAUUUAAGAAUUUUAAAUUUUACUUUUGUAAACCAAUAAAACUUU